AUGGGAAUUUUAAGGCAACCGAAGGUCACGCGCAUCUCUUCGUUCGCCAUGACUAACCCAUUCGAACCAAAAACAAAAGGUUUCUCCUGAAACUUCCGUGUACUCUUUUUUAUUUCAUUUGUUCAGGCUCUCCUAAAGCAGCGCCGAAAGCCAACGCCGCGCCUUCGUCGAGUAGAAAGAUGCCCAGCAAAACUGUUCCUAAACCGACGCCCAAAUUGAUGGAUGAAUUGUUGUUUGCUUUAAAUUUACAAACACCGCUUACAACGCGAGAGCAUUGCGUAAGUUUUUCCAUUUACUCGUAUCACAGUCGAACCGCGAUUUUUUUAUACCGCCAGGGAACUUUCCGACGGCCACCUUUCUGCCGAAUUGUUUUCCGACUUUAUUUUCUCGAUAAACUCUUCAUUAAAAAAAACCGAAAAAUAUAAGGGAAAAAAAGUCGGAAAAAGGAUUCGGCGGAAAGGUGGCCGUCGGAAAUUUUUUUCUAGCGAUAUGAAAAAUCGGAAAAACUCGCCGUUCGAAAAAUUCGCUGGCUCAUUUUCAGCUAUCAAAAUAAAAAGAUUGACCGACAUACCACAAAGUUUUAAUCUUUCGCGCGGAACACCCAAAAAUUUGACAAGAUUCCAUGAAAUUCAGUUUAAAAAAAUUAUUUUUUUGCCGACAAAGAUUUUUUUGAACAUUUUUAGAUAGUAGAAAAAAACUCAUUCUGCACAUGAAUCAAGCAGAAAGAUGUCGAAUACAUGGCAUGUAAAUUAAAAAAACUCGCGAAUUAUCAUUUUUCGUUUUUUUCCUCAACUAAAGCGGUAAACGGCCAAGGAGCGACAUGACACAACCAACUUAUAUGAAGUCACAGCUGACGAACAAUAUAAACACAGCAGUAACACUCAGAAACGAAAAAUGUAACAAGAAAUAGGGUUUUGAAUUCCCAAUACAAAAACUAAACCACGCCCAGUUUUCUGCAAUUGAGGCGCGGUACUUUCUGCCUCAUUUUUCUCUACUGCGAGGUUCCCUUUUGGAACGCCGUGCUCUCAGUUAAAGAAAACCAGCAAUUUUCUUCUUUUUUUUGUAAUUUCCGCAUUUUCAUUAUUUAGGCUCAACUAGAAAAAAUCCUGGCAGAUGUGGACCUAUUCAACUUAUCUUAUCAACUACGUGUUGGCACCAAAGGAAAAGAGCCAACAAACGUUCUGUUGUCGCUCGCUCUUUACUUGUUUGGUGCUGCCAAACAUGUGCCAACCAUCAUGUCCUGCGACCACGAAUGCGCUAUCAUAAAAGAGAAAGCCUCCGACUAUAGUAUCACCGUGCGUCUGUUAUUCUUUCUCUUCUCAUUUGAAUAUUUAGGUGUCUUAUCCGCAAGAGGACCUUGUACUCGUCUCUCCCAAAGAUUCAACUCAGCGAUACGUGAGCAAGUACAUGGUUAUAAAUGCUGCCGCGUUGAAUGCACCGAGUCUUACUUCAUUAUCUCUGGAGGAGGGCUUAAGUCUCAUGGUUCAUCAUUCUAUGGCAUUGGUUUUUUCAUUGCUUUCAUUUUUCGAAUCAAAUUUUUUUUUUCAGAUGUUUGAGGAUCCCAGUGACGUGCCGCUGUAUCGGAACCUCUCCUCAAAAUCGAAAGAUUUUAUUGUCGGUUUUUCAUCUCCUUUUGCAUUAAACUCAUCUUCUUUAACGCAGAUCUCAUACGUCCCAUGAUUUAUUCGUGCCCAGAAUCGGUCCGCGCAGGCCGACAAAUUCCCGAAAUGGACUCGGUGACAUUGAGCUCAACAGUUAACUAUUACAUUAAAGAUAGAAUGUGAGUAUUUUUUUUUCCACCUGUUUAAAUAAUAAUAUUUUUUCUCCAAAUCUAAAACUCACUCGCUGGUGUAUCUUUUCAUUCAAGCCUUCUUACAAGUCCGAUUAAAAUUUUUUUUUUCAGAAAAAUGGCUCGAAGGACUGUUCCAAGGAUGAGGACCGCUAACCUGGACGAAUACAACCUUCUGCGGGACAAAUACCUCGGUAACUUACUCCUCACAUUCAAUUUUUUUUUUCUUGUCAUUUCUACUUUUUUCAGGGCACCUCGCUGUUCCUCAAGCCACCACGUCUUCAAUUUCCAGUCCCGAUACGCGAUCACAGCCAAGUCCACCUGAAGACUCUGCUUCACAAGGUAGCCUAUUGUCGACUUUCAAUCAUUUCCGAAUAGAAUUUGAUCGAAGAAAUUUGUUAUUAAACGGCUUCAGCUUUACGUCUUUUUUUUCCUCCAAUUUUUCAAUUGUUUAUUGACUUAUUUAGACUCAGCAAUGUCCGCUGAUGAGCCACCUCGGAAAGUCAAGUGUUUGGACCUGCACGGUCAGUCACCACAUGUUGAUUACCCAUCGCUCGGACCAUCGUCUCGGCACGAGCUUCACGGGCCACAAGAAGAUCAUCUUGCUAGGAUUUCUACGCCCGCGUCGCUUUCCGGUACCAAUCUUUUGGGCUUUUCUCCAAAAACCAGCUCUUCGCAGAGUUGAUUUUUGAAGCAAAAGAAUUAACUUUUGAACAUAACUUCAGAUCCCACCGGGAGUCCGUCGCCGGUCGGACCAUCGCCUUGGCAAGCGCUUCACGGGCCACAAGAAGAUCAUCUUGCUAGGAUUUCUACGCCCGCGUCGCUUUCCGGUACCAAUCUUUUGGGCUUUUCUCCAAAAACCAGCUCUUCGCAGAGUUGAUUUUUGAAGCAAAAGAAUUAACUUUUGAACAUAACUUCAGAUCCCACCGGGAGUCCGUCGCCGGUCGGACCAUCGUCUCGGCACGAGCUUCACGGGCCACAAGAAGAUCAUCUUGCUAGGAUUUCUACGCCCGCGUCGCUUUCCGGUACCAAUCUUUUGGGCUUUUCUCCAAAAACCAGCUCUUCGCAGAGUUGAUUUUUGAAGCAAAAGAAUUAACUUUUUGAACAUAACUUCAGAUCCCACCGGGAGUCCGUCGCCGGUCGGACCAUCGUCUCGGCACGAGCUUCACGGGCCACAAGAAGAUCAUCUUGCUAGGAUUUCUACGCCCGCGUCGCUUUCCGGUACCAAUCUUUUUGGGCUUUUCUCCAAAAAAACCAGCUCUUCGCAGAGUUGAUUUUUUUGAAGCAAAAAGAAUUAACUUUUGAACAUAACUUCAGAUCCCACCGGGAGUCCGUCGCCGGUCGGACCAUCGCCUUGGCAAGCGCUUCACGGGCCACAAGAAGAUCAUCUUGCUAGGAUUUCUACGCCCGCGUCGCUUUCCGGUACCAAUCUUUUUGGGCUUUUUCUCCAAAAAAACCAGCUCUUCGCAGAGUUGAUUUUUGAAGCAAAAAGAAUUAACUUUUGAACAUAACUUCAGAUCCCACCGGGAGUCCGUCGCCGGUCGGACCAUCGUCUCGGCACGAGCUUCACGGGCCACAAGAAGAUCAUCUUGCUAGGAUUUCUACGCCCGCGUCGCUUUCCGGUACCAAUCUUUUGGGCUUUUCUCCAAAAACCAGCUCUUCGCAGAGUUGAUUUUUGAAGCAAAAGAAUUAACUUUUGAACAUAACUUCAGAUCCCACCGGGAGUCCGUCGCCGGUCGGACCAUCGCCUUGGCAAGCGCUUCACGGGCCACAAGAAGAUCAUCUUGCUAGGAUUUCUACGCCCGCGUCGCUUUCCGGUACCAAUCUUUUGGGCUUUUCUCCAAAAACCAGCUCUUCGCAGAGUUGAUUUUUGAAGCAAAAGAAUUCACUUUUGAACAUAACUUCAGAUCCCACCGGGAGUCCGUCGCCGGUUGGACCAUCGCCUUGGCAUCUCUACCAUGGUCAUCCUCAGGUUUCUGUCGCCGGAUAUCCGGCUCAACAGCACACUUUCUUGACCGGUUUCUAUAACCAUCAUCUCAUUCAUUUUUUAAUUUUUUAGAGCUUCAACCGGUGCGGCUUUCGCGUCCACCAUCAUCGGCUGUCGUCGAUUUUCAUCCCUCUUGCUUUGGGCAGGUUGUAGACGCAUACGCCUUCUCUCCACCUGGCGAUGCCUUUUUUGCCCAGCCGUCCCGGUACAAUGACCACCCUCAUAAUUAA